CAGAAAGCAGAAGCUGUCAGCUCAUUCACUCCCCUUUCAGGAAAGGGAGAGCAGAGAAGUUCUCUGGUCCUGUCUACUUCAAAAGGCCACUAGAGCUCUUGGGCAGCUAGCGGGCCGCUCCCUUCCCACGCCUGGACCAUGCUCCGCUGCGGCUUCCUGCGCGGCCACGGGCGAGGACUCGGUAUCUGCAGCUGAGAGCUAACACUGUUUUGACUUUUCUUCUCCCCAACAACCGAACCAUGCCAUGUGCUCAGGGGAACUGGAUGGCAAAGCUCUCCAUGGUGGCCCAGCUUCUUAACUUUGGGGCUUUUUGCCAUGGGAGACAAGCUCAGCCCUGGCCGGUUCGCUUCCCAGACCCGAAGCAAGAACAUUUUAUCAAGUCCCUGCCAGAAUACCACAUAGUGAGUCCUGUCCAAGUAGAUGCCAGUGGCCACUUUCUGUCCUAUGGCCUGCAUCACCCUGUCACUGGCAGCAGGAAGAAGAGAGCUGCAGGUGGUUCUGGGGACCAGGUGUACUACAGGAUUUCACACGAAGAAAAAAACCUGUUUUUCAAUCUGACAGUCAACUGGGAAUUUCUUUCCAAUGGCUAUGUCGUGGAGAGGAGAUAUGGGAACCUUUCCCAUGUGAAGAUGGCGGCUUCCUCAGGGCAGCCCUGCCAUCUCAGGGGCACAGUUCUGCAACAGGGCCCCACAAUCAGGAUGGGGACAGCAGCUCUUAGUGCCUGCCAAGGACUGACUGGAUUUUUCCAUCUACCACAUGGAGACUUUUUCAUUGAGCCUGUUAAAAAGCAUCCACUGACCGAGGAAGGUUACCAGCCUCAUGUCAUAUACAGGAGGCAGAGCUACAGAGUUCCAGAGACAAAGGAGCCCACCUGCGGAUUAAAGGACAGCCUUGAUAACUCUGUGAAGCAAGAGCUCCAGCGGGAGAAGUGGGAGAGGAAGAACUGGCCAAGCAGAAGCCUCUCCCGACGCUCCAUAAGCAAGGAGAGAUGGGUGGAGACCCUCGUGGUAGCUGACACGAAGAUGGUAGAGUACCAUGGAAGUGAGAACGUGGAGUCGUACAUCCUCACUAUCAUGAAUAUGGUCACUGGGUUGUUUCAUAACCCAAGCAUUGGAAACGCAGUGCACAUUGUUGUGGUUCGGCUCAUUCUACUUGAAGAAGAGGAGCAAGGAUUGAAAAUAGUUCACCAUGCAGAGAAGACACUGUCCAGCUUCUGCAAGUGGCAGAAGAGCAUCAAUCCCAAGAGUGACCUCAACCCUGUCCAUCAUGAUGUGGCUGUCCUUAUCACCAGAAAGGACAUCUGUGCUGGUGUCAAUCGCCCUUGUGAGACUCUGGGGCUGUCCCAGCUGUCAGGAAUGUGCCAGCCUCACAGGAGCUGUAACAUCAACGAAGACUCCGGUCUCCCCCUGGCUUUCACCAUUGCGCAUGAACUUGGGCACAGCUUCGGCAUCCAACAUGAUGGGAAGGAAAAUGACUGUGAGCCCGUGGGCAGACACCCAUACAUCAUGUCCCAACAAAUUCAGUAUGACCCAACUCCACUGACAUGGUCGAAAUGCAGCAAGGAGUACAUCACUCGCUUCUUGGACCGAGGCAGGGGGUUCUGUCUUGAUGACGUCCCCAGAAAGAAAGGCUUAAAGUCCAAUGUCAUUGCCCCUGGAGUGAUUUAUGAUGUUCAUCACCAGUGCCAGCUCCAAUACGGCCCAAAUGCUACAUUCUGCCAGGAAGUGGAAAAUGUUUGCCAGACACUGUGGUGCUCAGUGAAAGGCUUCUGUCGCUCUAAGCUGGAUGCUGCUGCAGAUGGGACACGUUGUGGUGAGAAGAAGUGGUGUAUGGCUGGAAAGUGUAUCACAGUGGGGAAGAAACCAGAGAGCAUCCCUGGAGGCUGGGGACGCUGGUCACCCUGGUCACACUGUUCGAGGACAUGUGGGGCAGGAGCUCAGAGCGCAGAGAGGCUCUGCAACAACCCAGAACCAAAGUUUGGAGGGAAAUACUGCACCGGAGAAAGAAAACGCUAUCGCUUAUGCAAUGUCCACCCCUGCCGCUCAGACACUCCAACUUUCCGACAGAUGCAGUGCAGUGAAUUUGACACAGUCCCCUACAAAAACCAAUUCUACCGCUGGUUCCCAGUGUUUAAUCCAGCACAUCCUUGUGAGCUGUACUGCAGACCCAUAGAUGAACAGUUUUCUGAGAGAAUGCUGGAAGCCGUCAUUGAUGGCACCCCGUGCUUUGAAGGUGGCAACAGCAGAAAUGUCUGUAUUAAUGGCAUAUGUAAGAGGGUUGGCUGUGACUAUGAGAUUGAUUCCAAUGCUACAGAGGAUCGCUGUGGCGUGUGCCUUGGAGAUGGCUCUGCCUGCCAGACUGUGAAGAAGGUGUUUAGACAGAAGGAAGGAUCCGGUUACAUUGACAUCGGACUUAUUCCCAAAGGUGCAAGGGAUAUAAGAGUGAUGGAAAUCAAGGCAGCCGGCAAUUUCCUGGCCAUUAGGAGUGAAGAUCCAGAAAAAUAUUACCUCAACGGAGGAUUUAUCAUCCAGUGGAAUGGAAACUAUAAACUGGCAGGGACCGUCUUCCAGUAUGACAGGAAAGGAGAUCUGGAGAGACUUAUGGCUCCAGGCCCCACCAACGAGUCAGUGUGGCUCCAGCUACUAUUCCAGGUGACUAACCCCGGUAUCAAGUAUGAGUACACAGUCCGGAAAGAUGGCCUUGACAAUGAUGUGGAGAAGUUGCUGUACUUCUGGCAAUUUGGCCGCUGGACAGAGUGCAGUGUAACAUGUGGAACAGGUAUCCGCCGGCAGACUGCUCAUUGUGUCAAGAAGGGCCAUGGGAUAGUGAAAACUACCUUCUGCAACCCAGAAACACAGCCCAGCGUGAGACAGAAAAAGUGCUAUGAAAAGGACUGUCCACCCAGGUGGUGGGCCGGAGAGUGGGAAGCAUGUUCAAUGACAUGUGGGCCGUACGGAGAAAAAAAGAGAACAGUGCUGUGCAUCCAGACCAUGGGCUCUGAUGAGCAGGCUCUCCCAGCUACAGACUGCCAGCACCUGCUGAAGCCCAAGACACUGGUUUCCUGCAACAGAGACAUUCUGUGUCCAUCAGAUUGGACAGUAGGCAACUGGAGUGAGUGCUCUGUUUCCUGUGGUGGUGGAGUGCGGAUUCGCAGUGUCACAUGUGCCAAGAACCUUAAUGAACCCUGUGACAAGACACGGAAACCCAACAGUCGAGCUCUGUGUGGCCUCCAGCAGUGCCCAUUCAGCCGUAGAGUUCUGAAACCCAAUAAAGAUACAGUUCCCAGUGGGAAAAAUCCAACAACAUCAGAACAUGACCACUUCAAGCCCAUCCCAGCAUCUACAUCCAGGCCCACGCCACUGUCCACACCCACAGUGCCUGAGUCUGUGAGCACAAGUACCCCCACAAUCAACAGCCUUGGCUCCACCAUAACAUCCCAAGAAGAACCAGAUGGGAUAGGAUGGCAGAAUAAUUCAACCCAAGCUGAAGAGGACUCCCACAUCCCUACUUCUGUUGGAAGCACUUCCCAGACUCCCCUCACUUCCUGGUCUUGGAGUAUGCAGCCUGAUGAUGAAAACGUUUCCAGUUCAGCUAUAGGUCCAACUUCAGAGAGUGACUUUUGGGCAACCACAAGUGAUUCUGGCUUAUCAUCUAGCAAUGCUAUGACUUGGCAGGUAACUCCAUUUUAUAGCACUGCGACCACAGAACCGGAAGUGGAGAUACAUAGUGGCUCAGGGGAAGACAGUGACCAGCCUUUGAACAAGGAGGAAAACAACUCUGUGCUAUGGAACAAGAUCAGAGUACCUGAACGUGAUGCUCCCAUGGAGAUGGAUGCAGAAAUACCACUUGGACCUCCACCAACAUCUUAUGUGACAGAAGAGUCCUCAUGGCCUCCCUUCAGUACAAUGAUGAAAAGCUCACUACCUGCCUGGUCCUUCAAAAAUGAGACACCCAGGGAUGAGGGGAUGAUCACUGAAAAAUCAGGGAAUAUUCCACUCCCUCUUGGAGGAGACCACCAGACAACAUCCCCAGAGAAGUUAGGAAACAAUGACCAACUGGCAUCAGCAAAUAGUACAAAUCCAACCCAAGGCUCUGGGCCUGUCCUGACUGAGGAAGAUGCCUCCACUCUGAUUGAGGAGGGAUUUUUGCUAAAUGCUUCCAAUUACAAGCAUCUCAUGAAGGACCACAGCCCUGCACACUGGAUUGUUGGAAAUUGGAGUAAAUGCUCUACCACCUGUGGGCUGGGGGCCUACUGGAGGAGUGUGGAGUGUAGCACCGGGAUGAACGCUGACUGCGCCGCCAUUCAGAGGCCAGACCCUGCUAAGAAGUGCCACCUGCGCCCCUGUGCUGGCUGGCGAGUGGGAAACUGGAGCAAGUGCUCUCGAAACUGCAGUGGAGGUUUCAAGAUUCGUGAGGUUCAGUGCAUGGACGGCGUGGACCAUCACCGGAGCCUGAGGCCAUUUCACUGUCAGUUCCUGGCCGGCGUUCCUCCUCCGCUGAGUAUGAGCUGUAAUCUGGAGCCUUGCGAAGAGUGGAAAGUGGAACCCUGGAGCCAGUGUUCUAGGUCCUGUGGAGGCGGUGUUCAGGAGAGAGGAGUGUUUUGCCCAGGAGGUCUCUGCGACUGGACAAAAAGACCUGCAUCCACUGUGCCCUGCAACAGACACCUUUGCUGUCACUGGGCCACUGGGAACUGGGAACUGUGCACCACUUCCUGUGGUGGUGGCUCUCAGAAGAGGACCGUUCAUUGCAUCCCUUCAGAAAACAGUACAACUGAAGAUCAAGACCAGUGUUUCUGUGACCACCAAGCCAGACCCCCAGAAUUCCAAAACUGCAACCAGCAAGCCUGCCGGAAGAGUGCUGAUUUAACUUGCACGAAGGACAGACUUUCAACCAGCUUCUGCCAGACACUAAAAUCCAUGAAGAAGUGCUCGGUGCCAUCAGUACGAGUCCAGUGCUGUCUCUCGUGUCCACAGACACAGAGCAUCCACACCCAGAGGCAAAGAAAACAGCAGAUGCUCCAAAAUCAUGACACGCUCUAGGUUCAGAAAGAAGCCACCAUCAUGGGCUUCCACAGCCUGAUACCCAAGAACAUGGUCCAGAAGGCCACUUCACUAAUAUUUCACUUUGUACAUUCUAGGUUCAACUUUGGGUCAUAACAAAACAAAACGCAAUGUGUGUGUCUAGUCACUAAAUGUUUCUCACAGAAAGCUUGGGGCUGGCUGCUCCCCAAUAGGAAGACGAAGUAUUUGAGAGAAUGAUGCUGCAGCAGUUGAGAUGAGUUCCUUGGGAAAGUGCCAGAUUAGGCAAGUCUGUGAAAAUAUGUCUUUCCCCCUUUAAAGAUGAAAAUAGAAACCUGUUUUUUUCCCAAACUACCUCAAGAAACAGAGACACACUUACCCAGGAAACAGAUAAUCUUUUAAAUUUGUCUUCAUGAAUAUAUCCCCCUUAGGUGCCUUGGGUAGCCACUGUUUAAAAGCCAUGAGGCAAGUUUUAGGACCAUCUAUCUCAGUAGUCAAUAAGGACAGGAAAAAGAUGCUAGCUAUGGUGCCCUGUCUGUUCUCCAUCACUGUAGGACUUCACAACUGGAAACCUAGAAUCUUGGGACAAACCAUGGAGAUUUGAGAUUAAGGAGACAGGGGCAUCAGAUGCAGCCUAGGGGCAUUAGAUUGGCGGUCAAGAAGUCAUUUUUUACUUUACUUCAAUUUCUAUUAAAAGUCCUUAAAAUGCAAAUGAACAGAAUCAACUUCUAGCUAGCAUAAGAAAGAAAAUGGUCCUUGUCCCUCAAACUUUACUGGCUUUGUUAGCUUGUCACAGAACAAAUGUGUGUUCCUGUCUGCCAGUGCCCUGUCCCUUUCGGAGUCAUGACCUCAGGUCUUCCCAUCAUCCCUGUGCAGAAAGAUUACACACAAACCUGCUACAAGUAGGGUUAGGGCUGUCUGCACACCCUGUUUCUCUCCUGAGAGAAAAAGUGAAGUUAUAGGCCAAACCACUUUUAAAAAUCAGGUAAAUUGUACUAAGUCUAGGAAUUUAGUAGAAAUUUAUAGUUUAGAAGAAAAAAGUUCUAAAAAGUGUGCCUUAGUGUGUCUAUUAGUAACUUUUAAAAGAGAUAAAGAGCUGGGGUAGAAUGCAUAUUUAUCACAGUUGUGCAAGGCUGUAAGUUUGGUGUCUAGCAACACACGUGCAUGCGUAUACACAUACACACAGAAUCAAAAAUGGAGGCUAACUAACCUUAUGGAGAGCAAGCAAGUCAAGAGGGUCCAGAACACUGAAACAGAAGUGAAAUAGAACACUAAAACAUGCUUGUUUUAGAUAUCACCCCGCCUCACUGAUGUCAGUAGGCUGUGAGCACAAACGCAGAGCAGAUUUCCAGGUGAGCCUGUAGACUGAACCUUGAGUGAAAAAUGGAUGUGUGGAGAGAUGCAAGCCCCAGGGAAAGACCCCAGAACCAGCUCUUGACAGGAUAGGAGGCAAUGUAUGUCUUCCGGUGGGACUCAAGGCUUAUGCACCAAUAUGAAUCUUCAUUCUGGAGUGCAGUGUCCCUCAGCUCCCUGUAGUUAUCUGUCCAUUCAGCAGAAUGGUGCUAUUGAACUUGGUGCUAAUAUCUAGAUGGUGGCAAAGCUAACAGAAUGUUAACAAAUAGUCAUGUGAAAGGCUAGGUGUCUAUGAACUUCCUUAUAGACAUAUGCUUUGUGUGAGAUGGUAUUGCUGGCCAAUGCCAGUUUUAUUUGUUCUGAGACCAUGAACAUAGCAUUAUAUAGGAUGCACUUUUAAACUCUUUCAAGACACUAGCAUGGAUUAUUCUGAUCGAUUCCUGUGGAAAGUAAAACACUGGGAUUUGGAUAAAAUUCAAGGUAUACCAGAAAUAGGAGAAAAUACACAUUUACUGAAGCCAGGGAAUUAUGUAUAGUUAAGCAUACAUUCUUGCAUUCUGUCUUUACAUAAACACAUUGCUGGCCAAUGACAAUCUCUGAUGAAAUAGCUAUUUUAGAGAAAUGCUUACAUUAAUCUGUUAGUGGCAGAAAUGGAGAAAAAAGUAGAGGAGAACUUGACCUUCUAAUGAGGAAUUUUGCAAGGGCUAGUAGUAUAGGCUUUCAAAAGUGUUAAUUAAUAAGCCAUGUGUACUGUUCUACAGCAGAAUAAAGAACAUGACACCAGAGUCCUGGGUAUGACCAGGCUUACAAAACUCAGGAACAAACUUGGAUUUCUACUGACCUCAACAAACUAAAAGUAGGCCAGAUUUUCCAGUGCAAAAAAAAUAGACCAUGUCAUUUGGGACCCAUGUGGUUGAGCACAACAUGAGCCUCGGGGGAGAGUCUGGCCAGGUGCUCCAUUCUAGAUCUUUCUCCAUUUUCUUAAGUACAGGAAAUAGGUCUCUGAUCAUGCAUCAUGGACAUCCUCUUCUUCUACCACGGUGAGACUGUCCUAUGCCAUGUGUCAUUAGUGUUUGCUGUAGGAGUCAUUGGUCAGCUGCUCAGCUGUGGGCUAUCAGUGUUUCCAUGGAUCUUUAAUGCUUGAGAUGCUGGAAGAACCUUGAAUAGCAGGAUGACACUGACAGCAAGAGCUGGAUAGUAUCUUCACGGGGUCAAAUGUGAAGGCUUGGUUUAUUUCAUCCAUCUCCUCCUUCACAUCAACACCUUGAAGGUGUGAACAAGAAGCUCAGCAAGAGACACUAGAGUCGUACUCUGAGCCAGACAGAUCCACCAUGGAGCCUUGUACUUACAUUCAUCAUGUUGGGUUUACAUUGCUUUUCAGAGUGAUAGACUUAGUUCUUCUCCAAAAAGUUAUAAGCUACUUAAUUUUAACAUCAGAAAAGUGUUAUGCCAUAAGAAAACAAUAUUCCUAGAAACUUUAUAGUGAACACUUUGUUCAAGUCAUGAAUCAUGUCCUGUAACAAAGGAUUGCUUUCCUUUGCAGGAAUAACUAUUGAGUCAUAGGUCUUCCUAAACAAGAGCACAGGCACUUUCCUCUGGUCUCCUGAGACAGCAUGUCUUCGCUGGCUGUCCAAUGCAAUGCUCUGAGAGUCUUUUGAGCAACCGCCACCAAGAAUCUGAAGCAAUUUGAGAGAUUACAUAAUUUCAGACCCUAAUUUCCCAUCCAGUUAGCUGAAGUUCUCUGACAGCUACAUAUUGCAAACCUAGAAAAGUGCAAAGUCUUAGUUUUCUCCUUUCUCACUUCAAGAUGAAGCUCUGGGACAGCUUUUCUGGUGCUCAAUCCACAGUGAUCCACUCUCACAGGCCACAUGUCUUGAGUUUCCUGGUGCUAUAACCAAUCUAAUACAUUUGAUGCUACUCCUGUUGUUAAUGCAAGUAUUUUUUUUAAUUCAAGUAUUUUUUUAAGUUCUGUCACUAAAAAUAAUGUGAUGGGGGAAAAUGCAUUUCUCCCUACCAUUGUCCUCCAAAAUAAUGGCGUGACAUAACAUGGCUAACUCAUUGUCUCCCCUGUGUUUCUAUAUUGCUGCUUCACCAGCUGAUUCCUACACUCCUCCUGUACCCCAUUAGUAAGUACCUCAGUAUUAAAACCAGAUUGUAAUCACAGGCUGUCUCUGUGUGGCAUCAAUAAAUGGCCAAACCCA